UACAUUCCCGUUUCAGACGGCAUUUGGGAGCCUUCCAGAGAUCUCUCUUCCCCCAUCCUCCUCCUCCUCCUCUCUCUCUCUCUCUGGUAAGAAGAAGCGAUCGCGAGAUCAAAUUUCGAUUCUGGGCGAAUUUGGGGGAGGGGUUUCUUCUCUUCUAGAGGCCUUUCGUCGCCAUGGACAUCGCGGAGCUCACAACCGAGCAGGUUCUCAAAAGGGACAUUCCAUGGGAGACUUACAUGUCAACCAAGCUCAUCACUGGAACAUGUCUUCAGCUAUUAAGGCGCUAUGACAAAAGACCUGAAAGCCAGAGAGCUGCUUUGCUUGAUGAUGAUGGACCGGCGUACGUUCGGGUCUUCAUGAAUAUUUUACGUGACAUUUCGAAGGAAGAAACAAUAGAAUAUGUGCUUGCUCUUCUCGAUGAAAUGCUUACAGCAAAUCCCAAACGGGCUAGACUUUUUCAUGACAAGUCCUUAGCAAAUGAAGAUACUUAUGAUCCUUUCUUAAGGUUGUUAUGGAAAGGAAACUGGUUCAUCCAAGAAAAGAGCUGUAAAAUAUUGUCUCUCAUAGUGAGUGUUCGACCGAAAAUUCAACAUGGCAUUGUUUCAAAUGGAAAGGCCUCACAUUCAAAGAGCAAGCUUACAGGUAUCGAUGAUGUGCUAAAAGACCUGGUUGAGUGGCUCUGUUCUCAGCUGAAGAACCCAUCUCAUCCAAAUCAGUCUGUCCCAAUGGCUAUAAAUUGUCUAGCCACCUUGCUACGAGAACCUUGUGUGAGAGCUUCAUUUGUUCAAACAGAUGGUGUGAAGUUGCUUAUUCCUUUGAUUUCUCCAGCAUCCACUCAGCAGUCUAUCCAGCUGCUUUAUGAAACUUGCCUCUGUAUUUGGCUGUUGUCAUAUUAUGAUGCAGCAGUUGACUACUUGGCCACUACCAGGGUAAUGCCAAGACUAGUGGAGGUUGUCAAAGGUUCCACAAAAGAGAAGGUUGUGAGGGUUAUUGUUUUGACCUUCCGCAAUUUGUUAACAAAGGGGGCGUUUGGGGCUCAAAUGAUUGAUCUCGGAUUGCCACAAAUUGUCCAGAGCUUAAAAGCACAGGCAUGGAGUGAUGAGGAUUUGUUGGAUGCGUUGAAUCAGCUAGAAGCUGGGCUUAAAGAUAACAUGAAAAGAUUAAGUUCAUUCGAUAAAUAUAAGCAGGAAGUCCUUCUGGGUCAUCUUGACUGGUCCCCGAUGCACAAGGAUCCGAAUUUCUGGCGUGAAAAUAUCGCAAACUUUGAAGAAAAUGAUUUCCAGAUCCUGCGUGUCCUCAUAACAAUCCUCGAUACAUCAAAUGAUCCAACAGCACUUGCUGUUGCUUGUUAUGAUUUGUCUCAAUUCAUUCAGCAUCACCCUGGUGGGAGGAUUGUUGUUUCGGAUAUGAAGGCUAAGGAGAGGGUGAUGAAACUCAUGAAUCAUGAAAAUGCUGAGGUGACAAAGAAUGCCCUUCUCUGUGUCCAGAGGCUUUUCCUUGGCGCCAAAUAUGCUAGUUUUUUGCAGUUUUAAGUCCAUAUGGUAUGCCUUUGGGGACUCUGGCUUGGGCGUGAAUUCAUGCUAUCACAACUAAAUUGUAGACUGAGUUCAUGAAGCCUUGGGCAUUCUGUUGGGAAUUGCAAAGUAAUCUGAAAUACUCUGGAAGAAAUGAAAGAAAAGGACGAGUAUUAUUAUCCCUUGAGGCACUUUGUUUAGGCCAAUCGCAUAUUCUGUGCGUUUAUUAUUAUUUCUCUUUCCUUGUAAUAAAUUUUACUGUUUGUCUUAAAUUCUUCUCAAAUAUUAUUUAGUCAUGUUGCCUGCUUUGGGCAACAUUUGGCUGUAGAACCUGAAAUGCUUUCAUUUUCAGCCGUUACUUCUGAAUACAGUUCUGUUGUUUGUUCU